CGCUGUGAUCGGUUUCAUAUAUAAACACAGCGAACAGUGAGUUGAGAGCGAGAAAGAGAGGCGCUGCGUCUCGUAACAGGUACACUACUACACGUGGAUCAAAGCGAACGUCCAUAAACAGUUUUAUGGGCUGCAUUAGCCUUUGUGUGGGAUAUGUCGUCUUUCAUGGCGUUUAAUACUACACUGGGUUGACACAGCAGAGAAAAGGUCGUACAUCGCCCGCAUUAACCUACAGAGAGCACCUACCGUGGUAUGAUAAUAACGGGAGAGAGGUGGGAAAAAAACGUCGCACGGGUUGACAUCCCGCCGAGAAGGAUUCUCCACGCCGGAGGCUGUACGGGAAACAUAGCGUUGACUCGAGGAACUUUCACGAGUGAAGCCGCCGCUUUGAUUAUUGAUAAUUGGUUCUAGGAGGCUUAAUGCGUGACACAAAUUGAGACACUAAGGAGGCGAAGAGUAGCGUUGAAGAGCGAGAGUCGUGUUGGUUCAGUUGGAUGGCGGAUAAGCCAAUUGACGACGCCUGACUAGGAUUUUGUGCGGAGCGGAGAAAAGUUUUAUCUCUCACGAAAAUAAACGUCGACUUAUAGAGAGGGAGAGAGACGCGAUCUUGCCUGUAUAUAUAUACACAUACACACAGGCACAUAACAGGACCGGUGGUGCAUUUGUUCAUUAAAGCCACUAAAAGUCAUGCAGUGGCCCGGUUAUUCAUUCGUGCAAGCCUCUCUAACGACCUUCCCCGCGGGCUACAGCCGCCCCCGAGGCUUUCUCACGGGGCUGUGCGCCCUACUCCUCCACGUGCUGGUCCUCGUCCCCUUGACCGGAGGCAAAGUCUACGAGAGGAAGCUAGUCGAUCGCAUCGUCACUACGCAGUACGGCAAACUACGAGGUCUUCUCCUCGAGAUCCCCAACCCCCAUCUGGUGCCCGUGGAGGCGUACUUCGGGCUGCAGUACGCCUCCCUGCAGGGCGGGGACCACAGGUUCAUGGUGUGUUCCAGCCCCACGGAGAAGUGGGACGGGACGCGGAUCGUGUACGGCAAGCGGGCCGUGUGCCCCCAGAGAGCCAUAGACGAGGCGGAGUUGAGGAAGACGAUGCCCUACGCCAGGGUGCAGCACUUCCUGAGACUGAUGCCCUUCUUGGAGGACCAGACUGAGGAAUGUCUGAAUCUCAAUAUUUACGUGCCACAACGAGUCAAAAACGACACCACCCCACUGCCGGUAAUGGUUUACAUCCACGGGGACUCGUACAGCGUGGGUAGCGGCAACGCCUAUGACGGCAGUGUGUUGGCUAGUUACGGCGGGGUGAUUGUUAUAACGCUGAACUUCAGACUGGGAAUAUUAGGCUUUCUAAGCAGCGGCGACGCAGAGGCGCCGGGGAACUACGCAAUCUGGGACAUCCAAGCGGCACUUGUGUGGAUCAAGAACAAUAUCGAACCGUUCGGCGGAGACGCGCAGAGGGUGACGUUGUUUGGUCACGGCUACGGUGCUGCUUUGUUAAACAUACUUAUGGUGUCUCCUGUCUCGCGUUUACAAGGUAAACCGUUGUUCCAAAGAGCGAUCACUCUAAGCGGCUCCGCUCUCAGCACGUGGGGGCUGUCCCGCCACCCCUUCCAUUACACCCUGAAGUUGGCGGAGAGAGUGAACUGUUCCCACGCCGUCCAGAACUCUGCGGAGCUGGUUGCCUGUCUGAAGAACACGCCGGUAGAGGAGCUUCUGGAGGCCGAAAUGCCGGCGCAUAAAUACUUCACCAGUUUUGGUCCCGUUGUGGACGGAAUGGCCAUCUUGCCGUCGAGUGUGGAGGAUUUGAUGACCAAUAACAGAGGGUUAUCUCAGAUCGAUUUGCUGACGGGCGUGGUCAAGAACGAAGGGCUAGUUUUCUGUGACCAGAACCAGUUCGAGAAGGGCAUCACGGAAUUAACACAGAUGAAGAUCGUGCGCACGUAUGUCCGCAACGUUUACGACUACCACAAACAGAAAAUUUACGACAUUCUCCUGCACCAGUAUUCCGACUGGGAUCGGCCGGAAGAUAACGAGAUAAGACGAGACAAUACGAUGGAACUCCUUGGCGACGGUCAGUUCGUUGCCCCUACUAUUGAUUUUGCAAAGCGCCACGCAGGUUUGAACAGGAGUACAUACUUUUAUACGUUUAAUUACCCAACAGUACGCCUGGAGGGUUCGACGAGAAGAUGGGCUAAUAGCGUUCAUGGAGACGAGUUGCUGUACAUCUUUGGUGCGCCCGUGGCUAACGGUGUUGAACCAUUCGCUGAUUCUUACGGCAGACAAGACCGCAUGUUAAGUGAGGCUGUCAUGAGAUAUUGGACCAACUUCGCAAAAACCGGGAACCCAAACGACUCUGGUGUUCAAAGUUCAACUUGGUCACCUGAUCUCCAGAACCGACGGAAAGGAAAACGUUACUCUAACGAGAUUUGGGUUCCUUACGAUGCCACCGAGCGGUACAUAGAAUUUGCUAUGCGCCCGAGAAUACGUACCCAUUAUAAAGGCGCCAAGAUGGCUCUUUGGUUGGAACUUAUUCCCAAAAUAUACAAUUCCGACGACCUCGACCCCGUCUAUCACCUUCUCGAUAAUUAUGAUAGAAACGAGACCUUCGAACAAGACACGCGGCCGCUGGGGUUCACUUUCCCGCCGCCGCCGAGUCCACCGACCCCUCCAGCGACAACAACGCUUGGCUCUCCAAAGAAAACCGGCAUUGCUUCACCAGCCGUGGAAACACCAAAGGUCACACCGAAACCGUCCCUGUACCCGAAACUUGGUCCUACAGGGGGCGGUGGUUCUCUUGGAUCUGGCAAACCAAAGAACAGCACUGCAGCGGCAACAGGGGCACAAACUAUGCCCUACCCAAUGGGGAUCAUUGUGGCCGUGGGGGGCUCACUGUUAUUCCUGAAUUUGAUCGUACUUAUAGUGACGUGUUAUCAGAGGCGGAAAAUGCACCGGGAGGAGAAAUUUCGUAUCCAGGAGCUGGAACUUCAGAAGGACUUGUUAAACGUCCACUCGGAACAUUUACAGAAUGCUAAGAACAGCGCGCAGGACAUGGAAAUAGACUCCAAAGGAAGCACGCCUCUUCCUACCCCUCCCCAUAGAUACACUCAGCAUCAAAUGCACCCAGAUAACCUUACCAAAGUGACAAUUCCACACAUGAUUCCACCAAAUGCUCACGCGCCAACAUGUAGGUUUGCGCAUUUACAUAAACUUAGCUCCUCCGAUGACGAUGACGAUGAGGAUGACGAAAGCGGUACGUUGCAUAGCAACACGCCCGUGAAGCAAACUCCCAAACAACAUGGUGGUUUGUCACCAAGGAAUCAUAAUAUAAACAGUCCACAAAACAUACCAAAUGGAGAUCCCAAACAGACAAUGAUGAAAUCGUUUACGUCCCCAAAGCAGGAACUUUCUAAUCACGUUCAUCCGACGACCGUAGUGUGAUAGCGAUCACGUGAGAAAAUGAUCACGUGAGAUAGUGAUCACUGGAUAUGAUGAUCGCAAGGUCUACUGUGGUAAAUUAUUAAUACUGGUGGUGUGAAGUCAAGUUUGGGGUUUCUAAAAUCGGAAACAGGUCCAAAACUUUUCAUGAAACGACCAAAUUGUUUAACUAGGAACUCAAUUUUGAGGCUCUUUGAAUCUCUCUUUGUGGCAUGUUUCACUUAACGGCGCAUUUUGAACCUCUGUGCGGUGAAUACUUCUUGGCUAGACUCACCUUGUUACUGCAAAUAUAUCAGACGAUAUACGAGUAUUCCACCCAGUAAAAUCUAUUUGUACUGUCACUGUAAGUGUUUUUAUAUUGUCAUUUUAGCUCUAUUGAUCAACAUCGCUGUCGUGAUACUGUUUUGUAUAAUGUGUAAUGAUGACGUUUUUCUGAUCAACGGUUUUGACGUCACUUGAUGACGUCACUAUGUGUACCCUCCUAACUGGGUCUGGUCCCAGCUGAUCCAGUAUUUGCUAAAGACUUUAAAAAUAUAAUGGUAUAAAACAAAUGCACAGUUUAUCAAACUUGCAUGUUUUUCCGUUGUCUCUCUCGUUAUAAAGUUUUUGGGGGAGCGAGAAAGGGGAGAAGUGGGCUCGGAAGUAAGAGAGAAUCACGUGCCCUCUGUGCCCCCUCUCCCCCCCCCCCCACCCCCAUUUGCCAUUGUGCUUAUUAUAGAUGUCCAAAACAGCAAGUUUCAUUAUUCUGAACAAAGAUAACUUUUAGAUAAGUGAACACACAAAGUUAUGUGUUCAUUUUUUUAUCCAUCGCUUCAAUAAAUCCCAAUGCAGAUUUGAUGGGCAAUUGUUAACUACAAGAAGCUUUCAUAAUAUAAAAGACGUCAAUUUACAGCAAUGUGUCUACUUAUUCUUUGUUUUUAUUUGCUUUUAUGUCAUUAGUUUUUGUGUGACUCUUAAGGUAAAGUAAAGUGAUAAUAUACAUGUAUGUUUUUUUUUGACUAAAAUGUUUCACUUGUCCGGGAUCCGUUC